ACGUAGCCCAUACCUUUAGAUUAACCAAUCGUUGUUAAGAAAUUCAGAAGGUCCAAAAUGGCGUCUACCGGACAGAUUUUCAGUGGCUUUAAUCUUGAGUGUCUUAAGGAACCAAGAGGUUUUAUUAAACCAAUCCAAUGGAUUUUGUCGAUCUUUGCCUUUGCCACAACAACCAGCGUAACAUUGAAAAUGCAGUUCACAGCUACAUGCAAAGGCAAUAAUGGAACAGUUAUUUCACCCAAGACUUAUAGUUUUUCAUCAAGCUAUCCUUUUGCACUUGAAGACGUAGGAUUUUCUGGUGUUGUAUGUAGUAACACUAGUCAAUCACUGAACCUGUUACAGGGCAGUCAAUCACCUUCCCAGUUCUACGUGUUUGUUGGUGUGAUAGUGUUUCUCUACUGCCUUGCAGCACUAGUUCUAUACAUCUUCUGUGAUGAAUUCUAUAGAAAACAUAAUGCCUGUACUAUUGGUGACUUUAUCAUUUCUGGAGUGAUAGUUGCGUUGUGGUUGAUCGGAUCCUCUGCCUGGGCUCAGGGCGUUACUGACCUCAAGUACUACACAGAUCUAGAAGAAUGUGGAUAUUUUGGUCUUAUUACAGACUGCAAAGUAAAGGAAAACUCUUGUCAACAAACAGGCUCACCAAACUUUGCAAGCCUUAAUGUUUCUAUUAUCUUUGGGUUCCUGAACAUGUUAGUCUGGGCAGGCAACAUGUGGUUCCUGUAUAAGGAGACACCAUGGCACAAGGUCCAGGAAACCAAGCCACCCAAUCUGCCAGGACAGCAGGUUCAAGACCCCCAAAGGAUUUAGAGAAGUUAGGAGGAGGAUAUAGUUACACAUUGUUGUCUGAUCAGCUGAAGAUAGCUGGUCAGUUUUACGAGAGAUAAAGACUGUUAGAGACUUCAAAUUUGUUUUUUGUUUUU